CCAGUCGAGUCGCCAGUUGUGUUUGAGUAACAAUGAUGAACGCAUUAAAAUAUAAACUUGUGACGGGAUUGAUUUUUGCUAGUCUCUUAGUCAACCUAGAAGGUUGCGUGGCAAAUCAAACAAAACGGUCCUUCACAAUCGACCAUGAGGCCAAUACCUUUUUAAUGGAUAGCAAGCCGUUUCGUUAUGUCUCAGGGUCAUUUCACUAUUUUCGUGCUUUGCCACAAGUAUGGGAAGAACGUUUAAAAACAAUGCGUGCAGCCGGCUUAAAUGCCAUCGAUACCUACAUCGAAUGGUCGCUACAUAAUCCUCAUGACGGCGUCUACAACUGGGACGGAAUUGCAAAUAUUGAGCGCUUCUUAGAAUUAGCACAGAACGCUGGUUUCUAUGUGGUCCUACGUCCAGGACCAUACAUCUGUGCAGAACGCGAUAAUGGCGGCCUACCCCACUGGCUUUCCCACAAGUAUCCGGAAAUAAAGGUACGCACCAGCGAUUCCAACUACCAGUUCGAAGUAAGCAAAUGGUAUGCUCAACUUAUGCCACGUCUACAAAGGUUCUUCUACGGCAAUGGCGGUCCAAUCAUAACGGUUCAAGUAGAAAACGAAUAUGCGUCUUUUUAUGCGUGCGAUGCUGACCAUUUGAUUUGGUUGCGCGAUGAAACCGAAAAAUAUGUUCAAGGCAAAGCAGUGCUUUUUACAACAGAUCAGCCGAAAGAUGUGAAAAGGUGUGCGAAGAUUGAAGGAGUACAUGCGACCGUCGACUUCGGAAUAGGCUCAAAUUUUGACAGCCAAUGGAGUGCUAUGCGUAGUGUUCAACCAACCGGACCAUUAGUAAACUCUGAAUUCUAUCCCGGUUGGUUGACCCACUGGGAAGAGGAAAAUCAAAGGCGUGAUGCUAAUGAAGUGGCAAAUUCAUUGAGACUUAUGCUCGAAGCAGGCGCGAACGUCAACUUUUACAUGUUCUUUGGUGGCACUAACUUUGGCUUUACUGCUGGUGCCAACAACUAUGGCAAAGAUUAUGUUGCAGAUAUUACCUCUUAUGAUUACGACGCUGUAAUGGAUGAGGCCGGUAAUGUUACCAAAAAAUUUGAAUUGGUACGCAAAGUUAUAGCCGAAUUUCUCGAAGUACCAGCAGAAGAGAAUUGUAAUGGCUGCAUAACGACGCAACGCCUGGCUUAUGGAAAUGUAACUUUGGAGCCAAUUGGUAAUUUACUCUCCCAACUGGGACGCACUACGCUGGCACAUGGAGAGCCGAUUAAAGCUGCGAAGCCACUUACAUUUGAAGAACUCGACCAGUACUCCGGUUUGGUGUUGUAUGAAACUGAAUUACCACAUCUGGAGAUCGAUCCCACACUUCUCACUGUCAACGAACUGCAUGAUCGCGCUUAUGUGUUUGUAGAUGAAGAGUUGGUGGGCACGUUAUCGCUUAAGAAUGGCAUUUUGUCAGUACCAUUGAGUAAAGGUUUUGGCAGCCGCUUGCAGUUGUUGGUGGAGAAUCAAGGGCGCAUCAAUUACGAAACUCUUAACGAUACGAAAGGUAUUCUAGGUGACAUAACAGUGGAACGUUCCAAUGGCGAAAAACAGAAGCUAAAUAAUUGGGUUACAACAUCCUUCCCUUUGGAGAGUUCCCAAAUGACGUCAUUCAUAGAAGCAUACAAAAACGAAAAAGGAGCUGAAAUAGUAAAAAAGACCAAAGUUCUAAAGAAUGGACCUGUUAUUUAUUAUGGCGAGUUCGAAGUUGAAAAUCUGGGUGAUACCUAUUUAAAUUCAAUUGGCUGGGGCAAGGGUGUGGCUUAUGUGAAUGGCUUCAAUCUCGGACGUUAUUGGCCAUUAGUUGGACCACAAAUGACGCUCUACCUACCUAAAGAUUUGUUGCAAAUUGGCACAAAUACGUUAGUUAUUCUGGAAUAUCAGACAGCCAAUUUAAAUACCGAAAAUGGAGAGUAUGUCGUGACGCUCGAAGACAGACCACAGUUGGAUGGCUAAAAGUUUGUACGUCGUGGCGCUCGACGAUAAACCGCCGUUGUAUGGCUAAAAGUUUGUUUAUCAAUGGGUAAUUAAAAACAAAAAUUGUGUUUGUUGAAUUUUCUUUAUUUUUAUUAUUAUUAAGAGGUUAAAUGUAAAACAUAAACUAAUAAAAACGUUUGUGCACGGCAAAUUUAUUUUGAAGGACGGAAAAAAGUUUUCAAA